GUUCAAGAGAGAGAGAGCAGUUUGAUGGUACAUUUUGUAUGAAGAACAGCUAGAGGAAGAAGAAGAAGAAGUAAAGCGUCAUUUUCUCCAUUUCAAUUUCCUCUUUCUGAUCAAUCAAUUUCUCUUCGAUUCAUUUUCACUAUCAAUGAAUAAUAUGAAAGGACAUCCGAUCAAUCACAUCAAGAACACUAGAGCUCGUCGAUAUGUGGUGAUGCUGCUUCUGGCAUUCGCGGCGGCCGUAGGCGGCGUCAUGAUCCUCCACAUGUUCAGAGAACGCCGCAUCUUCUCUAUCCUCCUCAAAGACAAAGACGCUCAGAUCAUCACUCUUCAGUUCCUUAUCCAGAAGGAAAGAGAGCACGCCAAAGAAGUGAAGCACAAAACAGAGGAGAUUAAAUUAAAGAUAAACUCCCUUCGUGCUCAAAAAUCGGACCUCAAUGGCAAGUUGUUAGAGUUGCAAUCCUUGUUUUCAUCUAUAAAGGAAGAACACAAAGCCAUGGAAUUAUUAAUCGUGGAUAAGCAGAGCGAAAUCAAUCAACUCCGGCAGCAACAACAACAGCAGCAACAGCAACAAGCCAUGGAUAAGAACGACACCGCCUCCUCCUCCUCCUCGAUGGAUUUGAGAAAUCAUGAUGAAUAUCCAGCUCCUGUCAAUGUCUGGUCAGCUAGCGGAGAUGAUCCAUCCAAAUCCAAGUCCAAUAUUGUCGUCAAUUCCACUCAAGAGCAAAACGACGUUGUAAACAGGGAAUUAGGUUCUGAAUUGGAAAAAGUUGGAUCUAUCAACACAAUAAUCGAAACUAAAGAACCAGAUCAGGACUUGAGCGAAUCAAACAACAACAACAAUCAAGCUCGUGGAGCUGCUGAAGGCGGUGGCGAUGGAGAAGAAAUCCCGGCGACGAAACUGGAAUCGGCUAGUGCAAACACGGCGACGUCGAAGAAGGGUAGUGCAAACAGGAGCAGGAGAUCAGGACAUUCGAAUAAGGAGAAGAGAUGGAAGAUGCUUAUCAAAUCGAGGAGGUCACAAGCUGGAUUAAAAGACGGGAAAUUACGAAACAACGAUGAUAUUAUUUCUGCUGGAAGGAGUGAAGAUCAUGUUAAGUUGAGUAGUACUGUGCAAGAUAGUAUCGAACAGUUGAAGAGAGAUGGGAAUGGCGGUGGAGAUCAGAAUACGGGAACAAAUGGCGACGAAGAACAAAGGCUUAUUAUUAGCAGCAAAGAAGAGUCUGCAGAUUCUGAUCAUUAUCAACACUCAGAAGUUACAGUGGUUGACGACGAAGAGAAUAAUUUCAUUAAGCCUGUUGAAAUUGUGGAAUCGGUGAAUGCAGACAUUAAAGAAGGUGGAAAGGAUGUGGAUUCAAAACAAGAACAUGGUGGUGGUGGGGAGGAUGAUGAUGAUGAUCAACAGCAUCAAGAAGAAGAACAGCCUGAGUUUUAAUUACUCAAAAAAAUUAUAUGAAUUUAAACACUUUAAUCUUGUU